CGAGUGCUUGUGGACCUUCAAAGGUAACAGCAACAUGGUUUGCAACCUUAGAAUGGUGAAAUCUACUCAGUGUCCCUUCUUAGGAUAUCCAAAGCAACCUUGGGUUUCCAUCACCCCACAACUGCCAUUUGGGUUCCCCUUUUCGUGGAAACGACCAACAUGGUACUGCAUCUCGAGAGGAGAUCUUCGGCGUGAUUGGCUUGAACUUCACGCAUGUUUGUUGCAGUCUAAGGGCUAGUAGCCCCAGUAGCCAGUGGCCAUCAUUCCUCGUCAUCGAGAUGUCUCCUCAUCGCGGGCCCCGGCACAGCUUCCUGCACCGAGCCUGGGUGUGCUUGGCUGGCUUUUCCUUGGGAGUAGCUUUUGCCGUUCACUUCUGCCCGUCUCAGCCGCUGCGUGUGGUGCAUUUUCCACGAGGGCGAGCAGACAAGCCGCGACGAGCCAAAACGGACAUCUUUGGGCAGACGAAUGCAAAGGAACACCGAACCUCAUUGAAGUCGUUCGAUGCCUUUUGCUCUCACAGUUGGGGUGAGGACGGCAAGGAUCAUCAGAGGGUGUGCCAGGUCGCGAAGGACUUGCAGGAGAUUUUUCAGAUCAGCACCUUCAUGGAUGAGGAACAGGUGCGUGGUGGAGAGAACCUGAAGCACCAACUGACUCGUGCAAUCAGGAACUCCAUUGUCUUCAUUUGCUUUGUGACAGCAUCCUAUUGUGAGAAGAUGAAGAAUGCCGAUUCGUGUUGUUAUCGAGAGCUAAAUCAUGCCAAGUGGUGGCGGAAGCGCAUCAUACCUGUUCUCAUGGAGGAGAAUGUGACACAUUGGCCAGGCCCACUGCAAGAUCUGGAGGGCGUUGUGCAUCGAGGUGAUUCUGGCGGUGAGCUGCGCGACACCUUUACCCUUGUGGACGUCGCCUUGGAUGUGGCCGCGUAUUUGGGCAGGUUCGGUGAGGUCCAGGAGCGGGCCCGAGGCUAUCUCGAGAAAAGCUUGCAAGAAGAGGAAGAGAGAAAGGAGAAGCUCCAAGGCAAGAUCCUCACACAGACCGAAUCUUCAAGCAAAGCGAAAGGUGGAUUGCAGAAUGCCAGGGAAGCGUUGGACAUGCUGCCAGGCGUACUUAUAGGGCAAUCGAAGGCCCUAACCUCACCCUUCCUGGUAAAACAACCAGGAAUGUGGCGGGUCGUCAAAAGGCGCCAAUUGCGUUUAGAGAAACAGCAACAAGGUAAAGAGAUGUUGAGUAGCGUCAUUGAGCCGCUGAACCAGCUGGAUGGCCUUCUCAGCAGUGCAAAGGACCAGUUCACGAGCCGGGCAUUCACCUGCCCAGCUAAUAAGUCUUGCAAAGACGAUGGCAACACUCUGGAACAGCUAAAGCAAAUAUUGCAAAAGCUUGAAGAGAAGAGUCGGCAGAUUGAAUCCAUCACGCUUGAUCAGCUCUCAGAGAAUGACUUCUCCAUUUUAGAUGAUUUGAAAGCCCUACUCAGUGGCAUGCCGACAAGCAAAUUGCAAGAGGAGCUCCAAGAGGAAGUCUCUCUCCAAGAGCAUGACGUGAAGCGUUCCGAAAAGGCAUUCAAUGCUUUGACACAUGAGAUGUCGCAAUGCACUGAGAACUGUGAAGCUCUCAAAUGCAAAAUUCACAGGGUCCUGCACCGAAAAUGUGACACGAGCUCAUGGCAGAAGCUCAAAGGAUUCUUGGCAAAGGUGUCCGGAUGCUCAAAAGGCUCCUCAACAAGGUAUCGCACAACCUUUGGGUCUGCUCCAAGUGCUUUUGGGCUGCCUUCAGGCGUCCAGUCUGAGCUGAGGAAGCUGCAACUCUAGGAGUUUGCACGAAGAUCGGGAUUGGAUGAUGGUUCUUAGUGGCUGGCUGAUUUAAGUCAUUGAAUUCGGUAGCUUGGCCAGUGGUUCUUUCACUGAGAGCACACAGAAGUUGGCUCAGUGUUCAAGUUUUGAGGAGGUGACUUGGUUGGAUGCCAUUUGCGGGCGUGGGGAGUCUGCGAAUGGCACUGGAACAGUUCAUGGUUGGAAGAGGUUGCUGC